UUAAAUUUCAACUGCAUCCAGAUUUAGUCCUAUCGUUUGUUCGUUAAAAGGUCACGUUUAAAAUGGCUCAGUUUGCUUUUGCUUUGUUAGCUUCGUUCGUCGCAUGCGCUAUGGCUGCUCCCAUGGACAUGAGUGAUAGUGCCAGUCCACAAGAACGCGCUAUCAUCCGUCGGGUAACCGCCCAGCGUGCCAUCUUCCCAGGUCUUGGCGGAUUCGGUCUCGGCGGACUGGGCUUGGGCGGAUUCGGUUACGGUUUGGGCGGACUGGGUUAUGGCGGUCUUGGCUUUGGCGGACUUGGCUACGGUUUGGGUGGACUUGGAUAUGGAGGAUACGGCUUCGGAUACCCAGGCCUGUUCUUCGACGAAGAGCCCAGUGGCUCCAGCGAUGAAUCUCAGAUGGACGGCGAAAACGACGAGAUGAUGGACGACCACAUGAAGUCCUACAGCAAGGGCGACUUCAAGACUAUCGUCAUCCCCGGCAACAUGAUCCACAAGAUGAAGGUGAAGCUCUACAACAAACCCGGCAUGGAGUCCUCCACUGCCAACAUGGCUACCUCGAUCGACGCCACCAACACCGCCCCUAUGACCUCCACCAGCAACAUGAACCAGAAGGUCCGUAUCAUUCGCGUCCCCACCUCCGUAUUCCGCCGUUUCGUCCACCACGCUCGCCAGUCCACCGGCCACGGCAUCGACACCGACCACAUGACGGAGAGCGGUAUGACCGACAUCGACAAUGAAGUCCCCAUGGAGGCCAGCAUCGACGCCGACAACACCGAGCAGGAGGAAGCCACCAACGUGAAGGGGAUGAAAGUGCUGCGCGUUCCGCAUGAAGUCUUCACUCGUCUCCACAAGACCAUCCCUAAGCGCGUCCAGACAGCCGUGACGGAUCAGGAUUUGGACAACAUCGUUAAAGGUAAAGAGAAGUCCAUGGUUCGUGUUUUGCCGGUUCCGCAUAGUAUUUACAAGAAACUGAAGGAGCAGUACCAGAGUGCCUAUGAAAGCGCGGAUGAGGGCUCAUCCGAUGACAGCAUGUUUGGUUCGUCUGAUGAAAGCGCUGAUAGCUCAACUGAUUCUGAAUAGUGUGGUUGAGCGAAUUUUCUUGUUGAGUUGAUUUUCUGACGUUGUUUUCUGGUCAUGAUCGAUACUUGCGAGUGUCUUAAUUUUUGUACUGGUUGUUUUUGAGCGGCUGUGAACUGUCAAUGCGUGCU